CGCCUGCGCGGUGACAGACGCAGCAGCAGCAGCCCUGCUGACGUCACUCUCCCUCCCUCUUUCUCUUGUCACUGCGCGUCUCUGGAGCCGGAGAGGGGAUCCCGUUUCUUUCAUCUAAUUUACCCGAAAACAAAAACCUUCUUUUACCGAAACCAGGGACACACGGAUCCGGUUCACACCGCCGGACCGACCACACCGGGGAGGUUUCAUUAACCCCUAAAGCCCUGGGUGUAAAACCGACUGAGACGAACUAAGGGCGGACUGGACUGAGAGGAAGAACCGGAGCCUGGCUGGCUGGGAGGCUGAACAUCCGCUGCUUUCUUUAAUUCUUUAAUUCAUCCACAGAUCCAAACCCUCCACCUGGGUCCACCUCUGCGUGAUUUUAAAGCUCCUCCCUGCCACAGAGUCCUCCUCGGAUCCACAGACUAAGAAACCCCCUUUUAGCUCCACCAGGAAAACAGAAACUCCCCCCUUUUUCUCCCCCCGUGGUGGUCUCAGGGACGCACGAAGACCAGGGCUGUGUCUCCAGCUUCUAACCCUCACAAGUUGCCUCCAUGGUUGCGCUUCCGGUCCUUUCACGCCAUGAGAGGCUUCAUGUGGAAGUGAAGGCACCGGGAUUGUUGCUUUAAUGAUCCGGGUAUUGCGCACAGACAUGGCACGGUAACGCCUGGGAAGGGUCGGGGGAAAGUGAAGAGCUAAGUGGAGGGGGUUGUUGUUCCCUUCAGAGGAGGCUGACAUGCAAACAGAGAUGAUGAGGUGGAUGUAGCCAAACACUUUGUUUUUACGCAUCCAUCUAAGCUGGAUCACUGUGAUCCGUGCUGCCUUCAAGUACUGUGACCAUGAAGAUUGUAUGAGAAGUGGAGCUGUGUUUUUCCCUCAUACAGAUCCAGACUGACACUGGGGUGUUGUUUUUUUAAAUCCAUCCACUCCACUUUUUUCACCUUUUGGACGGCGAGGCGCACUCAGGGACAAACAUGUCUUUACGCACGGCACUGCCUGGAAACGACAGAAACCCGGACCAUCAUACCUCCCUGUCAGCCAGCCGCUCAGAGAAGGGUACGAGCUGGUCGAAUCGAUCCCUCGGUGCCAGAUGUCGUAACUCCAUCGCCUUGUGCUCGGAUGAGCAGCCACACAUCGGAAACUACCGGCUGCUCAAAACCAUUGGCAAAGGCAACUUCGCCAAGGUCAAGCUGGCUCGACACAUCCUGACCGGCAGAGAGGUUGCGAUUAAGAUCAUCGACAAAACCCAGCUGAACCCGACCAGCCUACAGAAGUUAUACCGAGAGGUACGCAUCAUGAAAACUCUCAACCAUCCCAACAUAGUACAUUUGUUCGAGGUGAUUGAGACAGAGAAGACUCUUUACCUGAUAAUGGAGUACGCCAGCGGAGGCGAAGUGUUCGACUACCUCGUGGCUCAUGGCAGGAUGAAGGAGAAAGAGGCCAGAGCCAAGUUCAGACAGAUUGUCUCAGCGGUGCACUACUGUCAUCAGAAGAACAUUGUUCACAGAGACUUGAAGGCGGAGAACUUGCUCCUAGACGCCGACUCUAACAUCAAAAUAGCCGACUUUGGCUUCAGUAACGAGUUUUCGGCGGGUAAUAAACUGGACACGUUCUGCGGCUCCCCACCGUACGCCGCCCCGGAGCUGUUCCAGGGGAAGAAGUACGACGGUCCAGAAGUGGACAUCUGGAGCCUGGGCGUCAUCUUGUACACGCUGGUCAGCGGGUCGCUGCCCUUUGAUGGACAGAACUUAAAGGAGCUGAGAGAGCGUGUUCUGAGGGGGAAGUACCGCGUGCCCUUCUACAUGUCCACAGACUGUGAGGGAAUCCUACGCCGCUUCCUGGUCCUCAACCCGACCAAACGCUGCUCACUAGAGCAAAUAAUGAAAGAUAAGUGGAUCAACUCUGGCUAUGAUAGCGAAGAGUUGAAGCCUCACACGGAGCCGGACGAGGAUUUAAAUGAUACAAGCCGCAUCGAUGUCAUGGUCGGGAUGGGCUUCACCAGAGAGGAGGUCAGAGAUUCGCUGGUCAGUCAAAAGUAUAAUGAGGUCACCGCCACAUACCUGCUGCUGGCACGCAAAAAUGAGACGGAGACCAGUGACUCCCGGACAGGCAGCAGUCUAAGCCUAGCUCGAGUCCGACCGGGUACUAUGACCAACGGGACCAGCAAACACACCACUUCCUCAUCUGGUGCACCUUCCUCCUCCUCCUCUGGCCACAAGACACAGCGCAGCGCCUCCACCUACCACCGCCAGAGACGACACUCCGACUUCUGUGGCCCUGCAGCUCCAGGGACAACACAUCCAAAGCGGAGUCCCAGUGGUACAGGUGAAGCGGCGGGGCUUAAGGAGGAGCGGCUGGCGAUCCGUAAGCCAAGCACAAACACUGUGGGCUCCCGUAGCAUCCCGACGCCCUCCAGCCCGAUGGUCAGCUCCGCUCACAACCCCAACAAAGCCGAGAUCCCCGACCGACGCAAGGAGGCCAACUCCACCACGGUAAAGAUGAAUAAUAUCCCUGCUAGUGCCAUGACCCGAAGGAACACGUACGUGUGUACAGACCGGUCCAACACUGAGAGACACUCACUGCUGCAGAACGGCAAAGAAAACAGUUCCAUAUCCCACCGCCUCCCCCCUGCCUCCCCCUCGACCCACAGCAUCGGCGGUGCAUCCGGCGUGUCCUCCACGUCCUCCACGCCCUCCUCCCGCCUCUCCAGGGGGACAACAGUGAGGAGCACUUUCCACGGAGGUCAGAUAAGGGACCGCCGGCCUCCCUCCCACGCUCCCCCAGCCUCCCCGACUCUGUCCCAUGACUCCAGCCCGCUGCCUCACGCAAGGACUCGGGCCACGUCCAACCUGCUUAGCAAACUCACCUCCAAGCUGACCCGCAGGGUCACAGACGAACCUGAGAGAAUCAGCAGAUCUCCGGUCACAAGUCGCCAUCUAUCUGGGCAUCAGAAAGCGGCCGAGCCCCGGACCCCCCGAUGCGGCUGGGAUGUGAGGGUGCGGAGCCCCCGCGACCCGGCCGAGGUGGUGCUGGCGCUGCGCGAGGCGGCUCAGGGCUGCGGGUGUCAGGUCCACCUGGCCGGGCCUUUCCUUCUGUCUUGCACCCACGGAGCAGCCGGCGCUCGUGUAGCCUUUGAGGCCGAGGUCUGCCAGCUGCCCAGCGGGCUGGGCCAAAGCAGUGGUGUGAGGUUUAAGCGCCUGUGGGGGGCACCGUUAGCCUUUAGAGACAUUGCCACCAAAGUGUCCAAGGAGCUGGAGCUCUGAGGGCGACAGGAGGCGGGGCAGAUUGACGACAGGCAGGACAAGAUGAUGAAUGAGGAGGGCUGAGGAGGAGGAGGAGGAGGAACAGAGAAGCAGAAUCCAGACUCCUUCUCUUCCUCCCUGGGCUCCACCUCAUCUGAUGUGGCUAGCGAUGCCUCGCCUCCGCCAAAGGACCCUCUUCUUCAGAUGCCACCAAUCAUAGCCAGACAGACGGAUGCACAGACUCGGAUAGACCCGCACCUGCAGACAUAAGACCACCCUCAAACCCGGAGCAGUCAGUGACCUACAUCCCUUGCUUAGACCCUUCGUACGGUGUGAGCCCACAGUCGAUGUUCUUUUGUUUCUUUUUCAUGUGUGAUGAUAAGGAUGGUGUCGAGUGAUGGAGACUGAUGAUGUUGUUGUUGUUGUUGACAUUGUAAUUCCUCUUUGAUCUUAUUUGUCAUCAUUCCUUUUUAAAGAGCUGCUAUUUAAAGAAACUUUACAUUUUUUGUGUUUUAAGUUUAUUUUCUUUCUUUAAAUGCUUUUUAAAGAUGGGGGGGCGAAAAGUUUGACCUCUGUCGUCACCAUGCUUGGAAGCAGGUGUUGCAUAUUUGAAAAGUCAGGGCGCAGUGUGACCCCCCCGACCCCCCCCCAGCCUCCAGAGGGAGACAUGCAGAAAUGCAGAAGCUUGUGACGGACUGAAAAGAGCAUCAUGGCCUCUCUGCCCAUCAUCCUCUGAUAACACCAAUGCUUCAGCUCAGUUAGAGAUCUCUGUUUGUUCCAUUUCUAGGGAAAUGUUGCUUCUGACUGUCUGUACUGAAUAAUCCACUGUUGACUGACACCUUGCAGGUAAGCUGCUAUCAGACAAGUGAAGCUGCCUGGUAAUACGACACCCGGCUGAUUUACUUCAUUGAAUGUUCAGCCCCUCUAAAAUCAUUAACAAGACAAAUGUUGAAACUUUUAAUUACUCUACUUUGACUGACUGAAUUUGACUGAGUGUUUUUUACACAGCAGGAUGUCGUCUGUAUUAAUUGAAACUCAGAGUUCAACAAGCAAAGAGGAGCUGUGUUACAUUUAAUAACCUGAAUGCCUCCACCAAGCAUGUUCUUUUAAAUUCAGAUUUGUCAGCUAAUCAGGAUGCAUUCUUCUGAGACUAACAUGCACUAAUUAAAUUGGGUAGUUCAUGUUUUAAAGAGGUGGUUUGGGGCAUGUGUCAGUGGUAAAUGUUGCACCUACAGAAGAUGCUGGCGAGGAAGGAGAAUGUGUCACAGAAAAUUAAGUGGUUUAAAAUGUCUUCUUCUGCAGGGGGGAAAGGUUGAGCUUAUGUGCAGACGGUUUCUUAAUAAAGGGGCGGAGCUUACAGCAUCUUCUGUGUGCACAUAAAUGACAAGUGCCUCAUUAAACUGCUCUUUAAAAAACAGAACUAUCCCUUUAACUAUUUGUACAACUUUAAAGAGUUGAUUUGAUUUUAAAACAUAUUUUUAUCCAACAAAUUUUAAAGAAUGAUUUGUUCUUCGCCACAUAUCACAUCCUUAAUCUGGGAUCUCUCAUUAAGAAUGAUUUUUAAAUUGAUUCAAAAUGUUUAAUAACUUUAAAUAAUCUGAUCUAACCUGAAGACAAGAAGCCAUAAUGUCUCUCCCGCUGAAUCCUCUCACAGCCACAGAUUUCUCCUCUCGCUCUGAAUCCUGUAAAAGCAUCGUGCUUUCAUUCUCAUCUCAGACUCCAUAAUCUUCACCCACACGACUCCAGUAGCCCUGAUUUGUUGUGAAGUCAGUGAGGAGCAGGUUUUACUGACACACAGAAGUCACUCUGGUAGCACUUUGGUAUCACAGUAUCCGCCAUCACUCUCCUCAAAUAUAGUGCAAUACAGCCACAAAGCCAAGACUUGAAGCAGCAUUGAUUCAGACGUGACGGCUCUUUGUUGAAUUUAUUUUGAAUGAUGUUUUUGUUAAAUUUAUUAUUGAGCACUUUCUGCUUUCACCAGGACGGCCUCGUACCGUCCCGGCACAUUAAUUAGAUUUUUCUUUUUGUACAUUUUUAAAAAUCACAUGAUCACAAAGCCAACUCAAUGAAACGCUGAUAAAUGCCUUUACUCACAUCACCUACCUACAACGGCUUCUCAAAAUCAUCCACUUUGCACAUUACUCCUACUUGAAGUUCCAUACGUCUGAAAUUCAACAACACAACCUGUCUCCUCUGUGUUUCCUCGGGUUCAGUAUUACGUUGAGUUUUGUUGUUUUCAGGCUCUGUAACUUCUCAUUCAUUGAAAAUGUAAACGUUCCCCUGGCUGGAUCGUCCGGCUGCAGCACUGCUGAGACAUGUAGGACUGUUGACUCACAGAUUUCAAUGUUACUGUAAAGAGUUCAAUGACUGUUAACCAAUCAUACUCCUGCCUCGUCACGCCACUGUAUCAUUUCAACGCAUGUGAUGUCUGAAGUGGUUGAAGAUGAGUGUGACUGAGAGAAUAGUCCACCGACAGCUGCAUCCUUCAUGUGAUGUGACUCCAGAUUCAAAAGGUUGUUUCCCUGUAACUCUCUAAAGCCAAGCAAAGAUAACAUGAACUUCUGCAGCAUUCAACUAAACACUGUUAAAGGAUCAGAUGGUACCGCAGAUUCGUAAGGAAUUCACUGGUUGAACAGGAGCGGGUAUGGAGCCACUGUCUGAAAAUGUGAAGCUGUGAUUUAGGGCUAGUCCUCUCAAACUUCUUUCUGUGUACAACUGGGCCUCACUCUCUGAACCUGCUCUGUAGAUACAGUUAGAGCCACGCUUUAAGGCUACAGUUCUGUUGUAAAGUGUGUUUGAAGACGUUGCUGUCAUCAACAAAGUUAACUCAUGGGCUGAAAAUUACUUAAAUGAUCGACCUGCAAUCCUGCAUGUCUCCUAGGAAAUAAUGUGUGACACAAAAAUAAAGACUUCAACCUCUUUCAUA